CGGUUUAUCUUUCCAUUAUGUAACGAUUUUCCUAUAUUUGAUCACAUAUAAAAAAGCAGAGCGAUAAUAGAUGAUGUUCAUUACCCGACAAACAACGAUGAAAUCAGCGAUCAUCUUUUGUCUGCUUUUGGUAGCCCUGUGCUCUACUGCGCAACAGUGCGGAAGAAAUGAGGUUUAUAUAUCUUGCGGUUCUGCGUGUCGUCCGAACGAGUCCAAAUGCGUACCACCAAGACCCAUGGGACCCAUAGGAUGCGCCGCCGUUUGCGUUCAGAUGUGUGCUUGUGCUCCUGGAUAUUUUAGACAUCCGUCUGGAAAUUGUGUGACCAAGACAAACUGUUAAAGAAAUUCUCAAUAAAACAAUCUUUUAUGCACUCUAACUUUGCAAAUUACUUUUUCAUAAUUCUUA